AGCCUGUUGUUCUUUGUGGGUGUCCCCUUUGUACUUGACGGGCCUGAGCCGCUUUUAGGAAAGGAAGACUGCUCUUCUCUUUUUGUUCUUAUCAUUGUAGUGCAACGAAGGAAAACAAACAGCGCAGAGGAGUGGCGGUGUAUAAGACUGGCGCAGUGGAGGAUCUUCCGUGGACGGUGAAAGGUGCCGAAUAGAAAGCUGUGUCAAGUAACCCUACUCGUAGCAGAAAACCGAUAAGACUGUGGUGGCCGAAGGAGGGUGUUAUUGCUCCGUGCUUUCCCUUUGAUUCGUGUUGGACGUGGUGUGUCGUUGUCGGAGGCGCUGCACCGCAGCUUUAGUGGCGCGUCAUCUUGAUUCACUCGGCAUCUCACGGAUUUGGAUUUGCCAACUGUCGUUUCAUACUCCUUUUUCUUCCGUUACGAAAGGAGCGCGAGCGAUUGACGUGUCAUUCGGUAUCUAUCGACGUUCAAAGCGGCACAAAAAGGAGAGAGAAUAUCUCCUCUGUUUUGUCUCGGAGGAAAAGUUGGUGUAAGAAUUACUUCCCUUUGAGCUCUUGAACGCUGCGCUAGUCAAAUUGGGCAAGUGUCUCUUCUUUUAUCAUUUCUUUUCUUUUUUCCGGUGAAUCAUGGAGUCGUCCGCCCCAGCAACGUCGUCGGCAGCAUCCGGCCCGUCCUCGAUAGAGGAGGUGCUGGCCGGGCUGACGUGGGCGCGCGGCCUCACCGACGCUGCCCUCGCUGCCGACCGCGUGCACGGCGCUUUUGUGUCGUUAAUCUUCAGCUUCCCGCAGGACGACGCCUCCGAUGCCGAGGGCAACGGUGCCCGUCGCCUGAAGACGGCCGCGGAGCGGCAGAAGGAGGCGGAGCGCGAUCGCCGCCUGCGUGAGGAGGCGCGACGGGAGCUGGAGGAUCUGCGCAACGAUCGUCUCAGUGAUCACGACGGCGAUGCUCACACCGACGAGGAGGAAGAAGAGGACGUAGACGAGGAAGAAGAAGCAGAUAACAUGGGUGAGUUUGAGACGAACGAGUUCAUGCGCUGGAUUGAGGCAGGAGCGGCGGACAGCAUCGUACCGCCGCAUCAGCGACUCGGUUCGAAGUUGCGUGAGGAUGUGGAGUACAAGCUGGAGAAGACCGGAUUGGGCCAUACGACGGAGUCGGCGCUGCGGGAGACGUGCCCAGAGCGGCUGAAGGAAGCCAUCUUCGAGCCGAAGCCGCUCCCUGGUGGUGGUAUGUGCGAUUUCUCGUUGAAUCGUGAGGUGUACUGGGUGCUGCGGCAGCUGCGCAACGCCGGCCAGCCGCUGGCGCACAACACCCGCAUCUGUGCCUUGGCGAGCCGUCCGCUGUUGGAGAUCGCCGACGAACCCGUCGUCGUGGCUCUCGGCUACGCCUUGCAGAAGAUGACGGUGGAACAGGUGGAGCCCGGGCACCUCAUGAUGUAUCACCAAACCCCAUUGCACCCCCUCCUCUCCGCGCUGCUCGAGGGCUCUGUGCUGGCCGAAGACGCCAAGCACACAGUGUCCGUGGCCUCGUACGCGUUCAACGCCGUUACCGGGCAACGGCUGGAGCCGGUGGUGGGCGAGACGUAUGUCGGCUUCGACGCUGCUGCACGGAACGUCAUCGGCGAGGGCGACCCGCUCUGGCGCAGCGACCGCCAUCAGCGGCAGUACGCGCAGCGCAAGCCGUGCUUUCUCGAGCUGGGCCGUCUUCUCGUGCGUCUCGUGGAACUCGAUCGCCUCUUUCGCGGACUGGAGUACCGUCGGCAGCGCAUGGUGGCCGCGCUCAAGGACCACCCCGACGCCCGCGUGCAGGACCAGCGCGUGGUCCUGAGCUCCAUCGUCUUUGAGAGCGCCGUGGAGGCGGACAUUUGGCUCACCUUUGUCGAAAACCUGCAAGGCUUUCACGGGGCGGACCCGUACCUGCGUGUGCGGGAGCUGGGCCUGGAGGACGCCUUCGAGGAGUUCAGCAUCACCGGUCUGCAGUACCAGGAGAAUCUGCGCACCAACACGGCGGUGACGCUGUGCCCCAGCAACACGCACGUCCGCCUGCAGGACUGGGCCACAAGUGUGGGCCGCACGUUGUUGAAGGCGAUGGACGGCGAGCAGGUGCUCUCGCUCUUUACCAAAGCUCUCGUCUCGCAGUUCUCGAAGACGCCGAUAUUGGCCAGCAAGGUGGUCGACGUGUUCUGCGCCGAGGGCGACCUCAUCGUGAGCUAUAAGCGGUCCGAUCGGCCGGACCAGAUCUUCUCACUCGCCAGCGUCUUCACGGAGCACUCGCAGUACUUCUUGGAGCUGCUCGAGAUGGAGCGCAACGACCUCGUGAAGCUGUACUUCGUACUGGACCAGAAACUGGUGUACGACAUUCUGAACCUCGAUGGCCUCUACCAGCGUCGCGAGGACACGGACUGGUGGCGCGCCCGCGACGAGGCGAUGAACUUCGUGGUGAUUCGCCUGCUGGAGUUGCUGCCGACGCAGGUGCGGGCGCAGCUCACGGCACAUGCCGAGUACGCCGUCAACGUCGCCUCUGCCCUGCGCCUCAGCACCUUCUGCGCGCUCAGCCCCUACGCGCCGACGCGUCUCUGCCUCAGCGACUUCGACGGGGCGGCGCGGCUGUGGGACCCGCAGUGGAACGUUGUCGAGGCGCUGCUCACCGCGCCGGCUGCACUGAAGGAGGUACGCGACACGAGUCGGGUGUGCGCUGUCUACCGGGGCAACAGCGGGGUCACUGCCUUCACUUUCAUUGACGAGCACGGCAACGUCGUCGGCGGCACCCGCUGGGUGGACUGCGCGCUGACCACUGUUAGUGGGCGGGAGCGGGCGGUGCUGCAGGCCGCCCAGCUGCGCAAGCUGUUUGCCCAGUGCCGCCCCUCUGUCGUGGCCAUAGCCGCCUCCUCCACGGCGUGUCUGCCGCUGCUGCGCACCCUCGAGGACUUCGUGCGCGAGCAGGUGCAGCAGAGCACCUUCGUCGACGUCCCGGUUGUGUGGACGAGUGCGGAGGUGGCGCGCUUCUACAGCGCCACGACCUACGCACGCCUGGAGCUGCCGCACGCAGAGAGCAUCCAGGUCACCUGCGUGGCCCUGGCGCGCUACGUGCAGGACCCGAUGCAGGUGCUGUGCUCUCUCUUUGACGGGGAGCAGACGGCACUGCAGCUGUGCCGCACCGCCCGCGUCUCCGGCACGCACGACCGCCAACUCUACCGCCGGCUGGGGUGGGAAAUGAGUCUGUGGGUUGCAGGCAUCGGCUGCUGGCUCGACGACGUCGUCUUCCGCCCCAACGCAGCGGCCAUUCUGCAGUUUGUGCCGGGAUUUGGCCCGAUGAAAGCGCGCGCCGUCGCCGCCGCCGUGUCGCAGUCCGACGUGCCGCAGAGCCGGCUGCAACUGGCGCCGCUGCUGCGGUCCUACGGUGCCGCGAUUGAGCGCAACGCCGUGGCUUCUAUCCGCGUCCGCUCGCCCAAGCAGUGGGAAGCCGGGCUGCCGUGGCACCCGCUCGAUCAGACGCUCAUCCCGCCGCAGUGGUACGAGAUCGCCGACACCGUCGUUGCGUCCACCGCGGCUCCCCUUCCUUCUUCCGCUGAUGUUACUGCUGCUGCUCCGCCUCCGACACCCCCGCAGGAAGUCGCGCUGAUCCGUUUGCUCAUGAUGGGGAUGGAGGAGCGCCGCGCCGCGUUGUACCGCGUUGACGUGCACGCGGUGGUGGGGAAGGUCAGGGCGAUGGAGGGCUGCGCCGAGGUCGGUCGGCGGGAGGUGGAGCUGGUGAUUGACGAACUCGUCGCCAACGGCCGCUCCUUCGCACGCCGCCCGUACCGCCGCCUCACCACCGUCGAGUUCAUGAGCGCCAUCACCGGCAUCACGUACCUUUCCGCCGGGGAUGUGGCGGCUUUAUCGAGGGGUGCGGGUGCGUGGGGCAGUGGCAGUGGCAGCAGCAGCAGCGGCGGCGGCGGCGGCGGCGGCGCUCGCCGCGGCACUUUCGUGGUGCGCGAGGGCGACUACGUCACCGGUACCGUCACCAGCGUGCGUGGGCGGACGGCGCCGGGCGUGCGGUUGACCACCUCGCGCGGCGUCAACGCGUUCAUCUCCGCGGUGGACAUCCCCGACGAGGCCUUGCGCGUCGAGCUGCUGACGUACAUUCGUGCAUUGGAGCAGCGCCGGGAUUGGCUGCAGAGGGACGACGAACAGGGGGCGCCGCCGCCGCUGGUGGAGGUGCCGGCGUGGCUGCAGCGCGGUGCGCUCCUGCAGGGCACCGUUCGGCGCUGCAACUGGGCGCGGUGUGAGCUGCAGCUGCAGUGGUGCCGCCCGCGUGACGAGCUGACCCUCGCCGACACCGAUGGCGAGGACGGCUCGAAUAUGCCUUCCUACGGCGCGGCGGAACGCGGUGGGGCCACCAGCAGCGUGAACUCUCUCAACACGGCACAGGUGGAGCAGCAGGUGCGGCUCUUUGCCACGAAGAUGUCGCGUCACCCACUCUUUCGUGAUGUGUCGAAGAACGUGUCGGCCGAGAUGCUGCGGGAUAAGGAAAUCGGCGAGGCCUUGCUGCGACCACGCUCGCACAGCUUGCACCGGGUGGUGUGCGAGGUGAAGGUCGGCACCACCGCGACGAACCACUGGGUUAUUUCCGAAGAGCGGCGCGACAACGGACAGUUCUACUACAGGGUGGAGGACCGUGUGGUGGACCGGCAGUGGGAGUUCACCGACGUGGACGAUUUCCUCUAUAGCUUUGUGAGCCCCAUGGUGAAGCACAUCCAGUCUGUCCGCUCGCACCGCCGCUUCGAAGACAGCACCGAGUACGUGCAGGCCGCGCUUGACGCGCAGAAGGAGGUGAGUGGCGGCUUCGCCUACGCCUUUGUGGAGACGGAGAGCAAGCGCAACCUGUACCAGGUGUACUCUAGCGGUCGCAACGAGACUUACCACUUCCCGCUGCACAUCACCAGCGAGUACAUCUACGUUCGCCUGCCCCUCUUCUCAGACGGGAAGGCGGUGUACAAGUGGGUGCCGUGCCCAAGCGCAGAGCGGGUGAGUGAGGCGAUUAAGAACUACGCGCGCACGAUGAGCAGGCGCACCGCGGAGGAGGCAGGAACGGCAGCAUAUUAG